GGAGUGUUCGCUAGGGGUCGCUGUUUUGCUGUAAAUGAAGGUUUCCGGUGACAGCAGACGGAUGACAACACUGUAGGGCCCGGUUUUCCAUUCAGACUGUCUAUCAAACAUCGACAAAAAACAGGAAGCUGUGCGUUUUUCCGGGUCCACCUCUGCGCUGGGGGGCCUUGUUCUUUAUGUCCUACUGGGAAGAGCAACAGCAGCACCAUGGCAGAUGACAAGGACGUAUUGAGAGAUGUCUGGUUCGGCCGGAUUCCCACCUGCUUCACUCUGAACCCGGACGAGGUGACCGAGAGAGAAGCAGAAGCAUACUAUCUGCUGCUACCCAGGGUCAGCUACCUGCCGGUUGUCACAGACAAGGUCAAAAAACACUUCCUCAAAGUGAUGCGGGCAGAGGACGUGGAGGAGAUGUGGUUCGAGUACGAAGGAACGCCGCUCAAAUGGCAUUAUCCUAUCGGGGUUCUGUUUGAUUUUCAUGCCUCUAAUACAGUUUUACCCUGGACCAUCACCGUGCACUUUAAGAAUUUUCCAGACGGGGACCUGCUGCACUGCUCGUCAAACUCCGUGGUCGAGGCUCACUUCAUGUCCAGCAUCAAGGAGGCGGACGCCCUCAAGCACAAGAGCCAAGUUAUCAAUGACAUGCAGAAAAAGGACCACAAGCAGCUGUGGAUGGGCCUGCAGAACGAUAAAUUCGACCAGUUCUGGGCAAUGAACCGGAAGCUGAUGGAAUAUCCCACCGAGGAUGGAGGCUUUAGGUACAUCCCCUUCAGGAUAUACCAGACGCUGAGCGACAGGCCGUUCAUCCAGAAACUGUUUCGCCCCGUUUCACCUGAAGGCCAUGCACACACACUCGGCGACCUGCUGAAGGAGAUGUACCCCGAUGCUUUGACAAAUGAUGGUGAGCAGAAGCGCUACCAGGUGUUGAUCCACGGCAUCGAGCCUCUGCUGGAGACUCCCCUGCAGUGGUUGAGCGAACACCUCAGCCAUCCUGACAACUUCCUGCACAUCUGCGUCGUGCCGGUGCCCACAGACUGAGGCCGCUCCUCCGCACCCCAAUGACUCGUCGGCCAAUCACCCGCCAGCGGGGCGACCUCUGACAUGGUAGCACCUCACUGUGGAGACUAACAGAAAUUAACGGAGAACGAUCCAAAUAAGCGAUCAUAAAUAUGAACUAAGGCGGGAAACGAGAUACUCAACAAAUCUCCCGGCUUGUUCGUUUACAUUUUCCAUCCGGUCUUUGCUACGACUCCUCUUUCCUCCACAGAAAUCUUUCGAUGGACGCAGAGGACGGAAAUAACUUUUCUUCUGUAUAUUCGUCUCAGAUUGAGAAAUAUUUCUAUAAGAGAAGAGACGACUCCCUGUUCCCCCCUCCUGUUUCACAUGUGCUCCAAAUAACCAAAUAUAUACACUGGAGGUGAACAUAUUUUCGAACUUUCCACCGUCUUUCUCAUUAACAGACUGUCUUGGAGACAGGGAAGCAGUUUUUUUUUUUUUUUUUGUUUCGGAGGAGGAUGCAGAGUCGAGUUCUGCUGAAGUUGCCUUAGACGUGACACUCCUGCAUCAUGACAUACGUGGUGUUGAUGAGUUUACAUCGCAGCCUAGAAAGUUGUUCCCCUUUUUUAAGAGUCACAUCUCAAAGCUGUUGUAUUGCACCAAUUAAAUAUAUGAGCUUGACCAGUGAACCAGCGGUUCUGGAGGCUACAGCAUUCACCAGAAACUGGGUCGGACUGAGCUCCUCUUAGAACCGCUCAGGUCAAAGUCUAAUUCUAAUAAAAUAAAAUAAAAAAGGUGUUUUUAUUUCUGUUCAGUCAUGAAUCAGAAGUUACAGACGUGUGAUUAUUAAACCAAACGGUUAAACUCAAAUUGAUUUUCUUUGUUUUAUUGUUUUACAUUUCUGCAAAGAUAGACAGAGAUGUAAUAUUUUCCCACUCUGCCAUCUGAGUCAUCUUAAAUUGCAGGUGCUGAUUUCUCCCCAUCAGUACAACGCUCUGCUUGGUUUUCUACUCUUCUUUAUCCACAGCCAAGCUGAACUGGGCAUCUGUUUUUGAGCCGGACCGAUAAGACUGUUUGCUUAUACUGUGCAAACUUUCUGGGACCAUUUAAUGCAUAUGUUUUAUUUCAUAUGUUUUACUUUCCAUGUUUAAGGGGGAGGACACACAAAACUGGCAAAAUCAAACAAGAUGCUCAACAAUAUGACACCACUAGGAUGAUUGGAUGCAAAUUCCAACGCUGUAUUUUUGUGUAUUUUAGUUAUUGUCUCUGUUUAGUCAUGAAAAUAUGCUUUUAAAUCCUUCCUUUACACAUUUAAAUUAUUUAAUGUGUGCGUCUGACAGCAACCCGUUUUGGUGCAGGUUAACACACCCAGAAAUCCAACUUUUUAACAUCUCCACUUGUAGAUUCUGCAUCAUUCAGCUUGGACUGCAAAACGGUGGCAAGAAAUAAAAAUGGCGGAUUCACAAAUUUU